CGCAGCAUCCCACGCGCACGCGCACAGGCGGGAAGGCGCGGCCGCGCGGGAGGUCGGAGCAGAGGGCCGACGCGCGCGCGCGCCGCACGGGCCGUUCCGCCGGAAUUCAGCUGCGGUGCCGUGGUAUGAUCGCCGGGUGGUGAUAGGAAGACGAGGAGCAGCGGGGGAGGGGGAGGAGGGGAAGGGGGUGGGGGUCAUUAUGACGAACAACUUCCUGACGACGAUACGGAGCCUCAAGCUGAUCGAGGGUUGCAAGGCGGCGCAAAUCUACGCCUUCAACACGGCGGGGGCGUCCACGUCUGGCUCGGGGGAUGGAGGGGGGAAGCCGGCUCCGCCACCCCCGCCACGGAGCUUGUCCGUGCGCUCCGCGUCGCUCUGCUACCCGCACGCGCCCUCCACGUCGGGGACGUUCGUGGCCGACUCGCCCCUGCCCUGCGGACUCCCGGUGGCGGCGGCGCUCGAGCCGGCGCUGGACGCGUGCCUGCGCCCCGUCGACCAUGUCGAGGCGCUCGCCGCGUCGUUCCGGCGGAUGUCGUCGGCUGAGGCGGAGGGCGACGACCUCUGCGACGUGUUCCUGGAGCAGCACGCGCUGUUCCACGCCCUCGGGGACGCCCGGCUGCUGCGUCGGGCGCUGCGGGCCGCCCGCGUCCACGCCACCGACCCACACCGCCGCGUCGUGCUCGCCGCCUGGCUCAGGUAUGAGCGCCGGGAGGACGAGUUCGACCCGAUGCCCCCGCCGCUCGCGCCCUGCACCCCGACCACCCCGCUCCUCGAGUGCCCCCGCGCCGCGGUCUUCGCCGGUGAGUCCCCUGGCGUCGACCCCGUCUGCCCGUGCCGCCGCCCGCCUCCUCCUCCCCCAACCCCUCCUGCGCCCCGCUUUACGCGUAACACAUCAAACGCCGACCAGAUGAGCGAGGAAGACGGCAACGGGGAGACCAAUGACCUGUGGUUCGUCAUCGGCGAGGAGGAGGUGGCGUGCGAGCGCUCGUGCAUCGCCGCGCUCUCCAAGCCGCUCAGCACGCUGCUGUACGGCGGGUUCGCCGAGGCGCAACGCGACCGCAUUGACUUCACCCGCGACGGCAUCACGCCUCGCGGCAUGCGCGCCGUCGCCGCCUACAGCCGGCACGGCCGCCUCGACGACUUCCCGCCCGACACCAUCCUCGAGCUCCUGGCCUUCUCGAACAAGUUUUGCUGCGAGGGUCUCAAGUCCGCGUGCGACAACACGCUGGCCAACAUGGUGACCGGCGUCGAGGACGCACUCUCCUUCGUCGACCUCGGCCUCGAGGAAGCUGCCAACCUCCUCGUCUCCACCUGCCUCCAGGCAUUCCUGCGGGAGCUCCCCAAGUCUCUCUCCAACCCCGACGUGGCGCGCCUGCUCUGCAGCCCAGAGGGCAGGGAGCGCCUCGACAUCGCCGGGAACGCGUCUUUUGCUCUGUACUACUUCCUCUCGUCCGUUGCCAUGGAGGAGGACAUUAGGUCGAACACCACGGUGAUGCUGCUGGAGAGGCUAUGUGAAUGCGCAGAGCAACAUUGGCAGAAGCAGCUGGCAUUGCACCAGCUCGGGUGUGUGAUGCUGGCUCGGGGUGAAUUCAAGGACGCGCAGGGUUGGUUUGAGGAUGCCAUUGCCGAGGGCCACAUGUACUCCCUCGCCGGUGUGGCACGUUCCAAGUACAAGCGCGGACAUAAGUACUCUGCGUACAAGAUGAUGAACGGCAUCAUGGGGGACUACGAACCUGCCGGGUGGAUGUACCAAGAACGUUCCCUGUACUGUGUUGGUAAGGAGAAGAUGGCUGAUCUCCGGAUAGCAACAGAGCUCGACCCGACGCUGUCUUACCCAUACAAGUACCGUGCCGUUGCAUUGUUAGAAGAGGACAUGAUUGAGUCCGCACUCGCAGAGAUCAGCAAGGUCCUUGGAUUCAAGCUGGUGACUGACUGCCUUGAGCUCCGGGCGUGGUUCUACCUUGCAUUUGAGGACUAUGAGGCUGCAGUGCGGGAUAUCAGGGCGAUAUUGACUUUAGAUCCUAGUUACAUGAUGUUUCAUGGAAAAAUGCAUGGAGAACAGCUGAUCGAGAUCCUCCGAGGGUAUGUGCAGCAGUGGGAUAUGGCGGAUUGCUGGAUGCAGCUCUAUGACCGGUGGUCGGAGGUAGAUGACAUUGGCUCUCUGGCUGUCGUUCAGCAGAUGCUCAGCAGGGAGCCUGGAAACAGCAGCUUGCGGUUCCGACAAUCACUGCUCCUAUUAAGACUAAAUUGUCAGAAGGCUGCUAUGCGUAGUUUAAGAUUUGCACGGAAUUGUUCGGCUCAUGAGCAUGAGAGACUUGUAUAUGAAGGAUGGAUUUUAUAUGAUACUGGACACCGUGAGGAAGCACUUGCCAAGGCUGAAGAGUCAGUUAAAAUCCAAAGAUCAUUUGAAGCAUUUUUUCUGAAGGCAUAUGCUCUAGGAGAUUCCAGCCUUGAUACAGAAUCAGCACUAUCUGUUGUUCAACUUCUAGAACAUGCUAAUAGUUGUGCAUCUGACAAUCUUCGAAAGGGACAAGCAUAUAACAAUAUGGGGAGCAUAUAUGUGGAUUGUGAUUUGCUGGAUGAGGCAGCUGAAUGUUACAACAUAGCAUUGAAUAUAAAGCAUACCCGGGCACAUCAGGGUCUGGCUCGUGUCCAUUACCUGAAAAAUAGGAAAAAGGCUGCAUAUGGGGAGAUGUCUGAACUAAUAAAGGUAGCUAAAGACAGUGCAUCAGCAUAUGAAAAACGGUCAGAAUAUGGUGAGAGAGAUGAAGCAAGAAGCGAUCUCAACAUGGCAACACUUUUGGAUCCUACCAGGACUUACCCUUACAGAUACAGAGCAGCUGUUCUGAUGGACGAAAACAAGGAAGACGAGGCAAUCGGUGAGCUCUCGCAAGCAAUAGCUUUCAAGGCAGACCUCCAGUUGCUCCAUCUCCGGGCAGCAUUCUUCGACUCCAUGGGCGACAACGCGAACGCCCUGCGGGACUGUGAGGCUGCCCUUUGCCUGGACCCGACACACGGUGACACGCUGGAGCUGUACAGCAAAGCUUCUACAAAAGCCGAAGCACAGAGCUAGCAAAUUACUAUGCACACAGCACACAUCAUGGCAUCUUCGUCGUCGUCGAUUCAGCUGCGGAUUUUUGUUAGGCAGAAUGAUGAAACGAUUGUUCCUUCGAGAGCCGGAAACAGAAUGCCCUGCGGAUCAGUGAGGCACGAUCACACGAGAAGGUAAAGUACACACCCAUGAUUACGCGUUUAAGUAUUGCUGUGCUUACUCCUACUAGUUUGGAGGCACCGGGAAGAGAGAGAUCCACAGGAUAUGAACAUGUUGUAAAUUAUGAUAGCAUUUGUGUAAAUGGCAAAAAUGCAUUUGUUAUGUACAUCAAGAUAACAGAUCGCUCCAGAAGAGAGAGCUAAAGAGGAAUCAACGGUGUCCUUUAAUUAGACCGGGCACAAACUUCUCUCCUUUUUCUCCUAUUAUGUAAUGCCUUUUCGUCUGUAUUUGGAGGCACGACUGCUCAUUGCCUAAGCUUUUGCAUGAUGCAGGCAAAGCAAGAUACUCUUCAUCUUUUUAUUUUUUUUAUUUUUGCAGCAGCUGUCUGUGCGUCCUAAGACGGCUAAGAGUCGUGGCUACUGGCUACUGCGUGCGACCACCUCAGGUCAUCCAGCCUGGCGAUCGCAACAACUGUUCGUGUUCGUAAAAACAUGCUGUUGAAAUUUAAAAUUUAAAACUUUAGAGUUAAUUUUGUUUCUUUCAUUGGAGUUUUUCUUAAAUUACCAAGAACACAAAUAUAAAGGUUUCACCUAUAAGUUAUUGUUUGUCAUUAAUAAGCCGAGUUGUAGACCAAAGGAUCAUGUUGAUGAUAUAGAAAUGACUGCCAUCCGUGUUUAUACUGUGAUCAAUGA